AUGUCUGCGCCACACCUCCCAGAAGGCAUUCGCAGCGCGCAGAAUGGCGAGUCAGAAAACACCCUCCGUCGCGAAGUGUCGCGCAGUCUCUCCAUGUAUCUUUGCGGGCGUUUGGGAAUCUUUCGAAUAUCUUCAUAUGUAGACACCCCCAUCAUCCUUCUCGCUCGUUGUGAGAGGUCCAUGCGGCAAGCAUCGACACCAUUGAAGAAGAACAUGUCCCAAGGCACCGGACAAGCGAGAAUAUUGUGCGAUCGACGACGAAAGGUGUCGAUGGUGAACAUUGCCGGCCACGCGAUGACGAAGGCAACCAGGCCAAACCCCAGUGAUGCGGCCAUGGUGCCUGGCACCGAAGCACCGGCCUGCGCAAAUAUGCUUGAAGAAUAG